UUUGGAGGUGCAAAAUGAAUAGGCGAUUUGAGCCUUAUCCUCCUACGACGCCACACGCCAGAGCCUCGGACUAUAGCGCUUGUUUAUCUUUCCAGCCGAUUUAAUUAGACGCUGAAUCAACUCGAGUAACCAUGGCGGAACCAGCGGCGGGCGUGUCGUCGCUUGUCGACCUGAUCAAUUCGCUGCCCGAACCUGAUGGCACAUGGGGCCCUCCCGUCACCACCGAAACCACACUCAAUGGCGUCCCCUAUGCCCCGUUUUCCAAGAGUGACAAGCUGGGCCGCAUGGCCGACUGGACCGAGAAUAAGGACGGCGGCCGCGAUGGCCGUGGCAGGCAACAGUACAAUAGGAGCUACCGUGACCAGCAAGUGUACGGCGCCGGCUCCGCGUCUCUCUUUGCCGCUCCCGUUGCCGAGGACGAGGCCUCUUUCUCUGUUGUCUCCAACGUCCGCGACACGACCAAGACCCGCUUUGGUCGGGGUGCUGUCUUCACCCGCGGGCGUGGCCAGCGAGGACGCGGACAGGACAGCAGGGCCGGUGGUCGCCAACAGUUCCAGCGUCAAGGACGUGGUGGAGCGCAGUAUGGCGGCUAUGAUAGCCGUGGUGGUGCGCGGGGCGGCGGUGCUCGCGGCCGCCGCUUCGGCUGGAAGGACUACGACAAGCCGCAGCGCAACCGUGAUGCCUCAAUCAACAUCCGUCCCGACUGGAAGCUUCUCGAGGAGAUUGACUUCAAUCGCCUCAGCAAGCUCAACCUGGAGACUGACGAGGGCGAGGACAUUGACAGCUACGGCUUCUUGUACUACUACGACCGGUCCUACGACAAGCCGCCCGUCAAGAACGCCGAGCGCAAGCUGGCCGUGGUGGACCGAGCAGUGUACAAUGUCACGACGUCGUCGGAUCCCAUCAUCCAGGAGCUCGCCGAGAAGGACGAGGCCAGCAUUUUCGCCACAGAUAGCAUCCUGUCGAUGCUCAUGUGCGCUCCGCGGUCCGUCUACCCGUGGGACAUUGUCAUUGUCCGCCAAGGCAACAAGGUUUUCCUCGACAAGCGGGACAACGCGGCGCUCGACAUGGUCACGGUCAACGAGAACGCGCACGAUGCGCCGCUCGAGGCUUCCGAGGGCUCUAAGGAGAUCAUCAACCAGCCUCCCGCGCUUGCCGAGGAGGCUACCUACAUCAACCACAAUUUUGCCAAUCAGGUUGUGAUCGAGAGCCAAAAGGUCGAUAUGCCCCACGAGAACCCCUUUUACAGCGCGUCCGAUGAGACGGAGCCACCCGCGUCCAAGGCAUACAAGUACCGGCGGUUUGACCUGUCUACCAGCGAGGAGGACCCGACAUACUUGGUGGUGCGCACCGAGCUGGACGCGGUGCAAAAGAACCCCAAUAAUGGCGAGGACCAAUUUGUCACGAUCCACGCACUGAACGAGUUUGACAACAAGGCGCAAGGCAGCGGUGGCGCGUUGGACUGGCGCACCAAGCUGGUGUCGCAGCGCGGUGCCGUCGUGGCCACCGAGAUGAAGAACAAUAGCUGCAAGCUGGCGCGGUGGACGGUGCAGAGCAUUUUGGCCAAGGCCGAUGUCAUGAAGCUGGGCUUCGUCUCCCGCGCAUCGCCCAAGGUCAACGACAAGCACGUCGUGCUCGGCGUCAUCGGCUGGAAGCCCAAGGACUUUGCCAACCAGAUGAAUCUGCAGCUGUCUAAUGGGUGGGGUAUCGUGCGCACCAUCGCCGACAUGUGCCUGCAGCGCGACGAGGGCAAGUACGUGCUCGUCAAGGAUCCCAAUAAGAGCAUCCUGCGGCUGUACGAGGUGCCGGUUGGUGGGCUGGAUGAGGAUGAUGAGGGGCCGGAGCCUGAGGCGGAGGCUGAGGCUGAGGAGGAGUAAACGACAAAGGGAUACUGAGUCCCACCUAAGGGUGGUCAGAAGAAGGGGGGGUAAAAGUGAAAUAGACUGGUAUUCCAGAUGGCUCUUUAUGUCGACCAAGUUCCAGCCAAUAUCCGGGAUAAUUCGAAGCUCGGCGCCUGCCAUCACUCAAUUUCAUCCUGUC